CAGGAGCAGAAGCCUAGGCUCUUUUCUCCAGUCAUUCGUUUCUAGCCAUUUUCUCUUCUCUGUCCUAUUUUACAAGCCCACCACGUUCCUUGAUACCUUUCCUUUGUCGACAUGGGUCUCCUGAACGACCUCGUCGCCGAAGCUGCCUCCGUACUCUCCAGCGUCACCGAGACACUCGGUCAGCAGAAAACCAAUGGGGCUUCACUUCUAGGAACUUUGGUGUUCCCAUUCCUCCCCUUCUUCUUGACCAACAACCCACUGCCAAGCGGCUUUCCGUGGGGCGGGUUGAACGACUGGAACAGCAAUCCCUAUGUCGAAUACCCGAGAACCGGAGUCAUUAGGAGUUACGACUUCACCGUCAGCCGUGGAUUCAUCGCCCCCGAUGGCUACCAACGGCCCGUUUUGCUCGUCAAUGGAGCCUACCCCGGCCCUCUGAUCGAGGCGAACUGGGGAGACAAGAUUGUCGUGACUGUUCACAAUAACAUUACGGGCCCGGAAGAGGGCACUGCGAUCCACUGGCACGGGUUUCUGCAACAAGGGACGCCUUGGGAGGAUGGAGCCCCGGGGAUUUCCCAGUGUCCCAUUGCUCCGCGCAAAAGUUUCACGUACGAGUUCACGGCUAGCUUGUUCGGCUCUACGUGGUACCAUGGCCACUACUCGGCCCAGUAUUCGAGCGGCGUCGUCGGGCCUAUCGUCAUCCACGGGCCGACGCGUGCAAAAUACGAUGUUGACAUUGGACCCAUCAUGCUGAGCGACUGGUAUCACAAAGACUACUUGGCCCUUAUCAAGCAGAUGCUCUCUCCUAACGCAGAUCCACGUGUCUUCUCGGACAACAAUCUCAUCAAUGGGAAAAUGAACUUUGACUGCUCAACCGUCGCUGCCGGAGACUGGACUCCGUGCAUCAGCAACGCCGGCAUUUCCAAGUUCAACUUUCGGACGGGGAAGACGCACCGCCUCCGCCUAAUCAACUCGGGCGCCGACGGUGUCCAGCGCUUCUCCAUCGACGAACACGUGUUGACCGUCAUUGCUGAAGACCUUACGCCUGUGCAGCCGUACAACACGACGGUCGUCACGCUUGGUGUAGGCCAGCGGACCGACGUGCUCGUGACGGCCAAUGCCGGGAACCCCAUGUCGGGGUUCUGGAUGCGGUCAAACCUCACGUCGUGCACGCCCGCGCGCCAGCCCCAUGCCGUAGCAGCCGUGUACUACGACCACGCCGACACGUCCAAGGCGCCGACCAGCAAGGCCUGGAACGUCUCCGACCCGGGCACCUGCGCCAACGACGAUCUCAGCGUCACCCAACCGCUGUAUCCCAUGCCGCUGCCCAAUCCCACCUUCACACAGACCAUGGCCAUUGACACGUUCAAGAACGCCUCCAAUAUCACGCUCUGGCGGUUCAACGGUGUGUCGAUGCGGGCCGACUUCAACGAGCCGCCCCUGCUGCUCGCCAACCAGGGCCGCUUCGACUUCCCGCCCGAGCGCAACGUGCUCAACUUGUACGCCAACUCGUCGAUCCGCAUCAUCGUCAAGAAUAACUCCCCAGCUGCGCACCCUAUUCAUCUUCACGGCCACAACUUUUACAUCCUGCACCAAGGCCCCGGCGAGUGGGACGGCACCAUUGUCCGCCCCUCGAACCCGCAGCGCCGUGACGUACAGCAGGUACGCGCGUUUGGCCAUCUGGUGAUACAGUUUGACGCGAACCCGGGAGUCUGGGCGUUUCACUGCCACAUUGCCUGGCACGCGUCGGGCGGGUUCCUGUCGUCGCUGAUAGUGCAGCCGAGCAAAGUCCAGCAGAUGCGCGUCCCCGAGACGGUGCGGCAGACGUGCAGAGACUGGUCGCUGUGGACGUCCCAGAAUGUGGUGGACCAAAUUGAUAGCGGUACAUAGCCGCCACUUGUCAUAUGGAUGACAUCCUCUCGG